CGGACGCUCGCAGAAAUAGAUUGGAACCGGAUCAUUUUUAUAUCCGGAUAAUUUUUUCCCCGACCUAUAGUCUUAGCUGAAACGGUCAUUCGGAGCCCUUGGAGUCGUCCGCUAAAUUCUGUUGCAGGGUUGCGCUCUUCGUUAGUUAAGCGGGCUGGCAGGUUAGCUACCUGAUCGAAAGAUUUGAGCGUCUGCAGGCUAACGUUAGCUAGCUGGCUGGCUAACUGGCUGGCAGCGGACGCCCCGAAACCAAACCAUCAGUUUCACCAGUGGGGUGGCUGUGGAAGCCAGCGCACACCCGUUUUCCGAGGGGUCACUGGAAAUUCAUUGCCGGGAGGGGGGAAAAAGGACAAAAUAUACCUAAACAUGGGGCAGCUGCGGGUGAUCUCUGAAAAAUAGCCACCGUGUUUUGGGACAUACGGUUAACGGGUCCAACAUGCUUGGUCGGCGACGGGUUUUGGAGGCUUGACAGUGCUUGAUAAGGCCUGCGUUUCAAUCUGGAAAUUUCUUGCCCAGGAUAGCAAUACGGUUUUUCUGACUACAUUGCAUUUUUACGGAAAGCACCCCCCUCCCCAACAGACACGAUGCGGACUGUAUCGGCACUUUGAUUUUUUAGAUGACCCUUUUUAACUCAAAUUCGGAUUUUCAGGAGCUAUCGAUCAAAAGAUUGUUCCCGAAACAAUCUUUUAUGGGAUCAUUAUUUUUUCUCAAUCCGCGGCUGAGCAAAAAUGUUGAAUUGGAGGCGGCUGUUGCGGCUGUCAAACCGCUCCUUCUUGGCCUUCAUUUUUUUCUUCUCCCUGUCUACGUCCUGCCUUUACUUCAUCUACGUCUCUCCUGGAAUAGCAAACACCUACUUCUUCAUGGUGCAGGCGCAAGGCAUAAUGCUGAGGGACAACGUCAGAACGUUCGGACACAUGAUCAGACUGUACACCAACAAGAACAGCACUCUCAACGGCACAGAUUACCCUGACGGCAGCAACUCCAGCGAGCUCGUUGCCCAGCCGACCACCUAUCUCCCUGAGAACUUCACCUACGCGCAGAACCUUCCGUGCCCUGAAAAGUUACCUUCUAUGAAGGGUCAUAUCGAUGUUAAUAUGACUGAAAUAGCCAUGGAAGAGAUUCUCCUUCGAUUUUCAAAGAACCCGGACAUUCAGGUUGCCGGUAACUGGAAGCCGAAGGACUGUAAGCCACGCUGGAAGGUGGCCAUCCUGAUUCCCUUCCGGAACCGCCACGAGCACCUGCCCAUUCUGUUCCAGUACCUUAUCCCCAUGCUCCAGAACCAGCGGCUGCAGUUCGCUUUCUACGUCAUCGAACAGACCGGCACCCAGCCGUUCAACCGCGCCAUGCUCUUCAACGUGGGCUUCAAGGAGGCCAUGAAGGACCUGGACUGGGACUGCCUCAUCUUCCACGACGUGGACCACAUCCCCGAGAACGACCGCAACUACUACGGCUGCGGACAGAUGCCCCGCCACUUCGCUGCUAAGCUCGACAAGUACAUGUACAUACUCCCCUACAGCGAGUUCUUCGGAGGUGUGAGCGGCCUCACCGUGGAACAGUUUCGGAAGAUCAACGGAUUCCCCAAUGCGUUCUGGGGCUGGGGCGGAGAGGACGACGACCUCUGGAACAGAGUGCACUAUGCAGGCUUCAAUGUGACAAGGCCGGAGGGAGACUUGGGGAAGUACAAAUCGAUUCCACACCACCAUCGGGGGGAGGUGCAGUUUCUGGGAAGGUACAAGCUGCUAAGGUAUUCCAAAGAGAGGCAACACCUCGACGGUUUGAACAACUUGAACUACACACCCGAAAUCACUCUGAAUAGCUUGUACAAAAAUAUAACCGUCAACCUUUCUCCAGAGCUGGCCCCCAUUCCGGAUUAUUGAACCAUACCCGCGGCGUGCGCGAAUGAACUCCAAGGAUGCGGGAACUGUGGGAAGGAAACUGUCUGCACUGAAACGGGAGUCACGUUAUCUUCUCUGACAGAGAUUUCACCCGGGCAAAAUAAGGCCGAAACUAUCGAUUGUGUGUCGCUGCAUGUUGUGUCUGUACAGGCUUUACCUGCUCCAUAUCUCAUUUCGAAGGAAAGGAGUGCAACCGGUUUGAUGUUUUGCUGCAUAGCCUUAACAAAUCCACCGAAGUUCUGUGUCAUGGAUUUUGUUUGUAUGAGAAACCACUUUGGUAAAAUGCCAAAAGGAAUCGUCCGGGUUAAAAUCUGCCAUCGUAUAUGCUGUGUGAUACAUUCUGUAUUAAUUACUGUGCAAUACCCUCAGUACCAAUUCCUUUGGUUGCACAGUAGCGUUGCUGAAUGAUACCAUCUGUUUUCAGUAUGCAUGCCCACUGCUCUGACACGCGCCAGACAAGCUCCAGAACUGACAGUCCACUGUCUCCUGUUUACCUCCUGUCUUACAGGAAGCAAAUGCAGCCGCACAUUGUGUUUAGAAAGGUUACGGUGACACACUUCGUAACAACAAUAUACGUAACAGGCUUCAUAACAAUAUCUUUUGUGUUGCAAGAUCGCCGUUCCCUGGGAAACAAACCAGGUUGUUGCUUUGUGUUGCUAAAAGUAUAAAUGCCGAAAAUAUUUCUCCCCGGUUGAAGUAGUUACUGGGCGUGCCAUAUUUUCACCAUAAGAUCACCACAGAAGCUACAGGCCAGAUAUGCCAUGUAUUUCUUCUGUGUUGCACAGUGUAUCUGAUUAUAGGUUUUUCUGGACAUAUCCUUUGUCAUUACCUUAGAA